UCUGAAAUUCCUUACCUAAGAAAAAAAAAAUCUCUGGGACAUGAAAAAUCACAUCUUUAGAGACACAACUGAUUACACAGAAGACCCACAUGGCUCUUUCACUCUCAUCCAUGGAAACCCUAAAAUCAACCUUCCCAGUAUUCAGCAACAACGCCAACCCAGUUUUCCAGACAACCAAAACUCUCAAACCCUCCAAAGCUUCCAUCAAACCUCCACCACCAAGUUUCGAUUUCAGGACAGAUAUUUUGGAAGGCUCCAGAGCCAAAAUCGCUAAAACUCACCCUGAAUUGCUUGAUUUGGCCAGCAAUGGAAGCUUGGUGUUGAUCGAGAAGAGGCAGUUCGGGCCUGUACCUUCGUGGAGAACCGAGUUCGUGGAGCCAGAGGCAAUUUGGUUAGUGGGUACCACACAUAUUUCUCAGGAAUCAGCUAUGGAGGUUGAGCGCGUUGUACAAGCAGUGAAGCCUGAAAAUGUGGUGGUUGAGCUAUGUAGAAGCAGAGCUGGUAUUAUGUACACCUCCGAGGAUGAUGAUGAUUAUGCAGGCAAAGAAUUACGGUCGACUAUGUUCUCUUUGAGUGGGACCGAGUUUUUUGGUGCUAUUGGUCGUAGCAUAGACUUGGGGGGUCAAACUGCUCUGGCUUUGCGCCUACUUUUGGCUGCUUUCUCAUCAAAGAUCUCUUCGGACGUCAACCGCCCCUUUGGUGAUGAGUUCCGCGCUGCUCGAAAAGUGUCUGAAGAAAUUGGUGCUCAAAUAGUUUUGGGGGAUAGGCCAAUUGAAAUAACUCUUGAAAGGGUCUGGAGCACUUUGAAAUGGAAUGAGAAACUUAGCUUGGUAAACUCGGUUGUUCGUGGGAUAACAUCUCCUUCUGAUAUGUCUCGGAACAAUAUCAAGAAAUCAACUGCAGAUGAUGAUAGCACAUUUCAGCUCUAUGAGCAGCUUGGUUUUUCAUAUCCAUCGCUCCUACAGCCUCUCAUACAUGAACGAGACACAUAUCUUGCAUGGUCUCUAAAGCGUAGCAAGGCCGUAAACAACUGUAAGAGAGUUGUGGGGGUGAUCGGAAAGGGCCAUAUGAAUGGCGUAAUAUAUGCACUUGUAUCGGAUCAGGGAAACUUGCGAUUCAGAGACCUUGCUGGAAAGAGACCUGGUCAAGGAUAUAAUGGCUUGGUGAAUAGGCUUCUCAAAAGCUUCAUCAGAGACACUGUUAUUGGCUUCCUGUUGUGGGCAUUAUAUGAACAAAUUAAUCAAUUUUUUAUAUAGAUUACAGUUUUCCUAAUUUGUAAUCAAUUCAAGUGAAAAUAGAAUUGAGUGGGAAAAUAUUGUUCUUUUUUAUUUUUUUUCCUCGUAUAAAUUUUUUUUUCUUGUAUUGAUAUUUGAUCAGUAGGCAGAUUAAUGUUUCUUAAUGUGAAGCUGAGCUUAGAUUGUAUAUCACAAAAGUCUAUGAAUCUGAGCUUAGAUUGUAUAUCACAGCAGUAGGUUUUCUUGUUUUCUCAAUAUUACAUUAUUAUUACUGUUUUAA